UUUCACACUCCACUUUCGAUAAACCCUAUUUUUUAAAAAAAAUGAAAAUAUUCCACCCUUUACUCAAAAUAAUAAUUCUUUUAAUAGUUUUACUUGUUCGACCUUCAGCAAUUUUAACACAAUUUUAUAAUGGAUACAAUUCAAAUCAACCAACAUUUAAUGGAUAUUAUCUUCCCUAUUACUACACAAAUGGACUUGGUUUUUGUUAUACACCAACUCCUUAUUGUCUUUACAAUUAUGUACCUCCAAAUUUUUUGUAUUUACUCUCACCUCUGUUGACACAACUCCUUAGCUCUUUAUCUUUACCAAAUUUGACUAAUCUGUUCAACGCUUUGAGCGCCUCUUCUCCCUUCUCUCAAGGAUUUUUAAAUAAUUUACGUUUGACGAACCCACCAAUUUACAAUGCUUAUAAUCAAUUAUAUAAUACAUAUGGAGCUAUGGAUCCAGCAAUGCAGCAAGCUGUUCAACAAUUUUGUGUCGGGCUUCUUAAUUCUCUACAAAACGGUGUUAGAAUGUAUAACUCUCAGCCAAACCCUUUAUUUGAUCAAAGCCAUCCACAAUUGGCCAAUUUUCUCAGAAGCCCAGGUAUGCAACAAUUCGCUUCAAAUCCUCUUCCAAAUUUUGCUACUUCACAACAAACUCCUCAACUUCAGUCAGUUAAUCCUGUUGUGAAUCCAUUGAAUUCUCCUCUUCAACAAUCACCGAUUGUUCAACCAAACGGUGGACUAGCAAAUGGAGCCGGGACUGGAAUUAAUGGAAAUGCUGGAGGAGGAUUACUCGACGGUAUUUUAGGCGCUGUUGGCUCUGUUGCAAACUCUGCCUUGAAUAAUAAAUGA